ACUCGUACACACACACACACACACACACACAAGACAGUUGUACAGUAACUAAGAGAGUACAAAAAAUCACAUGUAGUGAGGGGAUGACAAGUCCCAGGUGUGUGAAGAGAAAGUAAAUAGAAGAAACUGGUUCAGCAAGUAAACCAGCAUUAAACAACUGUUGUGGACUGCUAACGUGCUGAAGUGAUGUGGUAAAUAUUUAAUCAAACUGAAGAUUCCAACCUUCUCAAGCUACAAAUCGAGACACGAGAGAGAGUUUGCACUGUGGUGACACAAUGACAUCACCCAGGAGAACCUGGACGUUCUCCUCUAUGCGUUCAAAGACUAGAUCGUCACCGGAUGACGGGGAAAAUUAUUUCAGAAGAAGAUUAUUUUCUUCAUUUAGAAGUGAUCGACGUGAACAAAGAUUUCAAGAACAUGAAGAGGACAUAGAUAAGAGAAGAGCUUUCUCAGAUGGAGAAAUUGAGACCAACAAAGGUGUCUUUCUUCCAGGUGAAGAUCAACAAGACAUGGGAGCCAUGAAGAGGUUCAGUACCUUAUUUUCAUCCUUCCGGGGGAAAAUCAGCAAAGAAAGAACUGGUAUGGAACAAGAUCUACCUGCAAGCACAGAGCUUUCCCCUAUAGAAGAAAAGGAAAAGGAGCAGCGAUAUGCUAGUGGGUUUUUCUUUGAAUAUCUGGUGGUGGUUCGACCUAAGAAGACCAAAGAUGGGAUAUACGAGCCACAGAUCAUCUAUCAGUUCCCCAAGAAGGAUGGAAUGGUGCGAAUUCAGAAGGAGGAGGAAGAGAAGACGUUAAAGGCGCUCACACUCUUUUGCUUCCCAGAGGGUGUAAACUGGGCGCCCUUAACAGAAUAUUCCAGUGAAACAUUCUCUUUCGUGCUUACAGAUGUUGAUGGAACGAGGAAGAAUGGAUACUGUAGGAGGCUUUUGCCUGAUGGGAAUGGAGCUCGUCUACCUGAAGCCUACUGUAUCAUCAGUAAUUUAGCCUGUUUUGGACUCUUUUCCAAGAUCUUUGAUGAGGUGGAACAGCGCAGAAAAUACUCUAUGGCGAUGAUUUACCCAUUUAUGCAGAGCCUGAGGGAGUCUCCGUUUCCUGCUCCUGGACACACUGUUAAUAUCAAAAGUUUUAUUCCAGAAAGAGGCACUGAGAUCAUCAGUUUGACUCGUCCAACAGACUCCUGGCUGGAGCACGUAGAUUUCCGCACAUUGUUCAAAUGCCUGACAGAUGAGGAGGUGCUCCAGGUGUUUGCUGCUACUGUACUCGAGCGGAGGAUCAUCUUCAUCGCUGACGAGCUUGGGACGUUGUCUCAGGUGAUCCACGCAGUGGCUGUUCUCCUGUAUCCAUUCAUCUGGCAGCACACACUAAUCUCCAUCGUUCCUGAGAUCCUUAUCGACGUCGUCAUGGCCCCCACACCGUACCUGCUGGGUGUUCAGAAAAGUCUUGCGGAUCAGGCCACUGACCAGAGCGAGCUGCUUGUUGUUGACUUGUCAGAAGGCAGGAAGGAGACAUUUAUCAAGUGUAUGGGAGAUGAGGACACAAUAUUACCUCACAAACUCAAAGAAGAAAUCAAGCAGGCCCUCAGUGCCAAAAAUGAGAAAUCAAGUCUGGAGGAGUUGAACCGGGUGGUCCCAGAAGCUUUCUUACCAUUUUUUAUCAAUACUGUCGGCCACUUCGCUAAGUAUAUCGUGCGGAAUGGCAAAGACCAGCAGGGCGAGUUCAAGCGAACAAAUUUCUGUAAAGCAAUAGAAUCCAAGAGCACACGACGGUUUGUGAAAACAUUUGUACAGACACAGAUGUUCGACCUCUUCAUUCAGGAAAUGGAACAGAGACCCGCCUCUCAGGACGGCACAGGGCUCUUUGACAGAAAGAUUGUUGAAUACCAGAAAAGGAUGAAGGAGAAAGCCAAGAAAAACUAGUGGAAGUAUUCACCAAGGUAGCUGGUUGUAAAUGAAGUUGUGUGAAAUAAAUCAGUCAGUCAGUAGUAAAUAAUUAUAAGGAAUGUAGAUAGAAUUAAAUGUCAGAUCAUUUUUUAUUUAUGUUGUCAUGUGUUAGUCAUACUUUAAAAGCUGUUUGUCAUUUGUGUUGUGUUGGGUGUUGUGGAUAACUGCUGUGAUAAGCUGCUGUAUUUAAUGCAUGAAAAGCUUGUUUGAGCUUGACCUGAAGGUUCAAUGUGACAGAAACUGAGCCAGUGAAUACGUGCAGAAUUGAAAAACAUAUUUUUUUCAAUGAAAACAAAAUAGUGAAUAAAAAAUAAAAAAUAUUUAAAAAAAACACUUCAUCUCCACAUUUCACAAAUAUAUUAAACCAAACUUGCCUACAUUAAUUAACCUACUGUAUGUAUUUUUCCUUCGAAUCAAAUUUUGCUAUAUUAAACCAGUGUAUUUCCAUGAAA